AUGAAUGAGAGUUUCUCUUUUGGAAAUUAUGAUGGUGUAUGCAAUGUAAUAGCGAUGGUGUCAUGUCCUCUUCUGGGACCAGACGGGAUUGGAAAAGCUCCGCAGUGCUAUGCUCGCAACAUUGAUAUCAACAAUACCAUCAUUUUUGAGCCGGCCACCUGCUUGAUUCAUAUGGCUGCCAUUAUUAUGACGGCUAUUAUGCUCUGGCACGUUCAUUCUAAAUAUACAGCCGUUGGAAGAAAAGAGAUGUUGGUUUUCCUGUAUACAUACGGCGUUUCUGAGUUUCUCGUGAUGUUUCUUGACUCUGCUGUCAUUCCCACGCAUAUCAAAGCUUAUUUGUGGUUCACGGCUAUAUACAUUGGACUUAAAACAGCCCUUUUCUGGGCGUUGAUGCUUAUUGGUUUUGUUGGAUUCCAAUUUGCUGAAGAUGGUACAUUGGUUUCGCUCCUGAUGCUGUGCAUCAGCUCUAUCGUAAUUUGGGUCAUCUCGUUUGCCGUGUCGGCCAAGACAUUCUUGGGCGGUAUCGAAGAUCAAGGUGGUUUGUGGUUUUUUGAAUUCGUGUUCCCCAUCAUCAUGGUCCUCAUAUAUGUGGUAUCGCAAGUUAUCCUGGUCAUACGCACACUGGACGAACUCUGGCCAAUUAACGAUAUCGCACUUGGCUGCCUAUCAUUUGUGGCUGGACUCAUCCUUCAGUACGGCUUCAACAACCAAAUUUGUGAGAAUGUAAAGCACUAUAUUGAUGGUACUUUCUUCGGUACACUGUGCACGCUGUUCGCCGUCAUGAUGAUGUACAAGUUCUGGGAUUCCAUCACGAAAGAAGACCUCGAAUUCAGUGUGGGUUCGCGCCAUGCGAAUUGGGACGCAAAGGACCCUUCUUUGGGCAUGGAUUAUGAUAGUUCCGUCCAGUCCCGCACGAACUCGCGUAUGUUUGACAACUCGCGUACGCCAUCGCCGCAGGAUCAAAAAGAGGCAGUGCAGGCUGGCUUUGCUCCGGGCAUGACGCGCAACUCUUCAGGUGACAGCUUUGUCAUUUCGAGGUAA